CGCAUUUUCCGCCGCCGCCGCCGCCGCCUCUAUCUCUGGCGUGUACAACGUUGUCUGCUCCUCCUCGUCCGACUCCAACAUCUGCCAUCGAUGACCAACACCGAAAACUACCAGGUCUUCCGCGAGUGCCUGUCCACGGCCAUCGUGGAGAAAUUCUCCACCCCCGCGCAGCCCAAGAAGGCUCGUCGCACGCGCGGCGCUGUUUCUCAGCGUCAGAAAACGCGCAAGGACCCUUCGGGGACUUCCGCUGCUGCUGACGCCUCGCAAUCUCUCCCUGACCGUGCGAGUCCAGAGGAAUUGGCUGAGUUUAUCGAUGUGCGUGAUGGUUUUGUCAUUGUGAAGGAAGAACAGUUCCUCGCAACCGAAACCUUCCCCGCGCUGCCCCCCUCCAUCCAAACCCUAACCUACACUCCUCCACCACCGCCAACAACAACAACAACAACCACAACACCAAGCACCAGAAAUCCACCGACAACAACCCCCUCCACUCCCACCACCACCCGCAACACCACCGAAGCUAGCGCCCCCGAAACCGACCCCCGCGCCCUCGCCGAAACCCUCUGCAGCACCACCCUCCCCGCCUCCGUCCACGACACCCUAACCACCUACGCCCUGCUUGCCGACACUCCCGUACAGGAUGGCGCCGACGCCGACGCCCUCGCCACCUUCUUCACCCCGAUUCUUACCGAGUACAUCGGCGCCGUGACGCGCCCGCCCCCCGUGUGGGCGACGACCCGCACCGACAGCUGCGAGAUCUGCGGCCGCGACUGGAUCCCGCUGAGCUACCACCACCUCAUCCCGCGCAGCGUGCACGCCAAGACCCUCAAGAAGGGGUGGCAUCCGGAGUGGAUGCUCAACAGUGUCGCGUGGCUGUGCCGCGCGUGCCAUAGCUUUGUGCAUCGGAUGGCGGGCAAUGAGGAGCUGGCCAGGGAGUGGUUUACCGUCGACCGGAUCUGCGAGCGCGAGGAUGUAAGGGUCUGGGCUGCUUGGGUGGGGAGGGUGCGGUGGAAGGCGAGAUAG